AGUGAGAUACAAUAAAAUUUUUUAAAUCAAUAAAGUGGUAGACGAAGAAAUAUAUAGAAAGUGAAACUAAAACAAGAAACAAGGACGUACUCACCGCCGGCGCAUAACAGAACAGAUCGAAAGAUGGCUGUCGAUGGCGAUGCUGUCUAGAUAAUGCCACAUGGAGACAUUUCCUUCGAACGUGCCGUAACUCGAAAAAAUGGGCCAGAUGUCAAUGAGUAACUGGGCCGAGGCAACCGCACCAUCGACUGCGACACCAACAACUGUACCGUCGGAAAAACAACUAUAAUUUGCACGCAUGUCCCUAUUAGACCGAAUGGCAAAUGAUAGCUCUGCUGAGCGAGGCGAAAGUACAACUGAAAUACUCUAAAAGAGGGGCAAGAGAAAAGGCCAAGUAAAUGUCGCUGUUGACCACACUUGUCGGGCUGUCAACGACGAUAUUGCUGGUGAUGCUGUUGCCAGUGGCACCUCAGCACAAGACAGAAGACAAACACCAGCAGAAUGCCCGGUACAGCAUGGAGCAGAAGUUCUCGUUGCCCGCCGUGCCGCUGCCGCCCCCGCCGCCCUUCUCGGCGGCCAAGCACAACUUCUCCAUGAACGCCUUUGCGGGUGAUCACAGUUCAGGGGGUCAAGGCAGCCCCGCACGCCUAGCCGGAACCAUCAACGGCAGUUCCGGCUGCGGUGGCGUGCUCAAGGAGAGAAACGGCAUCGUUCAAACGCCCAACUUUCCCCAUCGCUUCCCCACGCCCAUCGAAUGCAUAUGGAUAAUCGAUGCUUCCGACUUGCCCGCAUCCCAGGGGAAGGAAAACGUAUCGAUAGUGGUCUACCUGACACAGCUCUACGUGCUGAGCGGCCUUAAGCUCACCGAGUACAUGUACUACUCGGACGACUUCAAGGUGCCUGCCCACCGCGUCUUCACGCUGACGGAGGACGAAGUGACCCAGGUAUCCUGGGUGCAGUUCCACAGCCAGUACUUGGAGAUACGGUUCACGAUGGCCACCUUGGACGGCACUCAUUUACGGGCACUGGAUCGCCUGCUCGACGUCUACGGCUUCAACAUUACGUACGAGGUGCAGCACGAUGUGAAGCAAUCGCAGUGCAACACUCUCCAGUGCCGCUUUCUUGGAGAUUGCUAUGCCAGCGCGGACUACGGCUCGUACGGUUGCGCCUGUUUUCCAGGCUUCAGCGGCAGUGACUGUGGACAUGGUCCCUUAUGCAAAGACGUACAUACAAACGUGUGCCAAAACGGUGGAACCUGCAAGCACAUCGGCGAUGCGGCCAUAACUUGCCACUGUCCAAUGGGGUACAAAGGAACCAGAUGUGAAAUACCCGAAAUAAACAGGACCACGCAGGGAUGCACUGCUAAUGCGAGUUCCAUCGAUUGUCAUAGUGCCUGCAACUUUGACAGCUACAUCGGCGCCAGUCCCAGCUCCGGUCGGAGCUACUCUGUCGAGAGAAGCAACCCCAGUUCGGCACGCAGCGGGAAGACUCGUUACGAAGUGACCAUGCGACUCGGGGCAAAUCUAACAGGAUAUUAUCGGUAUGCUGAGAGGGAGCAGCUGUCGGGUGUCAUGGAACGACAGGUGAGAUGAGUGCAAACAUGACUAUGAAAAUGUGUGCUUAGCUUAAGUUAGCUUUAAGCGAGGAGAAAGCCUCCACUCCAC